AUGGCCGCCUCAACGCUGACGAGCAGCUCCUACUACGACCGCCGCGUCGUCGAGCGCGUCCACCGGUACCAGUGGCCCGGCAUCCACCUCAAUCUCUGGAUCCUGAUUAUGCUGGUCGCCUCGUGCCUCAUCAUCGGCGUGUUUGCGUCUUUUAUCGAAAUCCAGCAGCGGCUUCUCCUGCCGAUACCAUGGUACUUCCCCUACUUCAUCACCGUCGCCGGCCUCGUCGUCAUCUUCAUCGGCUUGAUCCUCUGGCUCGUAUACCAACGCCGACUUCUUCCUGCAAUCGUUAUGAUCGGCGCGUUCAUACUCUUCAUACUCUGGUUCGUCGGGCUGGUCGUCGUGAGCAUACAGCUUUGGGGACCUGAUGGGUCGGUGUCGAGUACGUGUAAUCUCGCCGUGUUCAACCGCGGCCCGACGGGCCAGAGUCUGGAGACCCUUGCGUGGUUGCAACAGAAGAGCAUUUGUGAGUCAAUCAUGGCAGGCUGUCUUCUCGUUUGCGCUCGUCGGGGCCUUGUUCCUUCUUUGGAUCAUGGUUAUGGCGUAUCAGGUCUUUGCCGCGUCAUAGGAAGACCUCAGGCCGAUACACUGAUGCUUUUUGGACAUUGUAUGGCCACUGUUUGGACAUAUGUCCGAUACAUACCUUGA